AUGCGUCUCACCACCAGUGUCAUCGCUGGCUUCAUCGCCUUCGGUGCCGCUACGCCUGCCGGCCUGGCAGUCAAGCCAAGUUCCAUUGAGGACCCUGUCGAUGCUGUCCCAGCCCAACACACUCCCGUCGUGGACGGAAACUGGCACAUUGGCUGCGACAAGAACAACUACUGCUCCUACUACCAGGGAGGCGACUUGGCUGUUGGCAACACCAACUCAGUGUCCCCUCGUACCAUUGCUCUGUCGGAAGCCUCGUGCAAGCAGUGCUCAACUGAGGACCCUUGCGACACCACCAUCAGCACCUCUGUUGUAACUGUGACCGCCAUGCCUACUUCUGAGGCGUCGAUUUCCGACAUCACCACGACCAUCACGCUUGCUCGUACAGCCGUAGCCCCGACGCACACUGGUCUGGCCCCUCGGGAUGAGCUAGCCUCCAACGAUGGCGACAACCAGUCACCUACUCGUCGCACUGCCUUCAAGCAGUCGGAAUGCUUCCCUUGCAACGACCAAACUUGCCCAGGGUGCGAUUUCGCUUGCGACGAAGACCAAGGCUGUGAGCACUUCCUGUGCAAAGACCCUCUCAGCGAAGCGGAGCUCUGCAUAAGCUACCUAGAUGACGCCGAGGCGUCCAAAGCAUACGACACGUCCAUGGCUUCCGGCGAUUUCCUUGGCUCCGCCGCGAUGCUUCUGGUGCUCGCUGGCGAUGACGCCCCUACUUCCAACACAACGACCACCCAUUUGCAGCCGGCGAUCUCCAACGGAACCCGGCCAGACUUUUCCUUCGCCGAUGAGGAUUGCUAUUUGUGCGAGUCCGGUGAUGAGUCUUGCAACAUGUGCGACUGGCAGUUCACCUGCGGCAUCAAGAAGAAGUGCUUCCACAACGGCGCGCGCGAAGUUGUCGAGUUGUGCUUCGAGAAAGGCGAGAAGUGCCGUCCUUGA